AUGCGCACCCUUAGAGGUCCCAAUACUUGCAAGAUAUUUGCAAAUUACCUAUACAAUGGCCUGAUUAGUGCAGGGAUCGCUGUCUUUAUAGACGAUAUAGAUCUUGAUAUUAGAGAAAAUAUCACCGAUGCAUUGGUUCAAUCCAUAAAGCAGUCCAAGAUAUCAAUACCUAUUCUCUCGCAGAAUUAUGCAUCCAGUAAAUAUUGUCUCAUGGAGCUGGCCCAAAGGGUAGAAUGCCAAGAAGCAGGCACUCAAAUGAUCAUGCCCAUUUUCUAUGAUGUUAGCCCCGCUGAUUUAAAAUACCGACGUGGAUGUGUGGGGGAGGCCUUCAGUAAGCAUGAGGACCGUGUUGACCGUAAGGACACCAAUAAAUGGAAGCAGGCUCUCGAAAAGAUUGCUGAGAUGAAGGGGCAUGAUCUGGGAAAUACAAACAUAGGUUAUGGUGCACUCACAGGGAAAGUUGUUUCAGAUAUUUUAAAGCGGUUGAAGAAGAAUGAUUUAUAUGUGACUGCCUGUUUAAUGGGCAUGGAACCCUACGUGUGGGAGGUUAUGAAAAAGCUUGGUGUCGUCUAUGACAAUGACCAAGUAAUCGCAGAACAUGACAAAGAUGUACGUGUGCUUGGGAUACAGGGCAUGCCAGGGAUUGGCAAGACUACCCUUGCAAAGGUUGUGUAG